AUGAUGCUCUACAACAUAAUAUCAUCCUUGCAGUGGUGGUGUAUUUUUAUACUCUACACGCAACACGCGUCCGAAUGUGCAUCGUUCUUCUCAAAUGCAGAACCUGCUGGCAUUAGCGCAGCCGGAUUGCUACCGUCGCUGUGUGGCGACAGUAGCGAGUCCAGUGAGCAGUACGUGAGCGAUAAAGGAGCGGCUUCGAGCGUGGUGCUCAGUUUGCGCCCGGAACACGGCCGAGGCUCGCCGUCGUCCUGCAAGCGCCAGUUCCGGGCACCGGAUGCGUACAGCUUUUUCGUGCGUUUGCAGCGUGUUCCCGGCAACGCCGGAUCGCGGGGCGCACCGAGCAGAAAGUAUAGCAACAGCAAGUCCAGCAACACCACCGAUAGCUGCUCCCUUACGAUUUCGCAAUCGGCCAACGGUGAGGUGUUGCCCUCGUGGCGCCUCGAUCCGUGCGCACUGGAAGCGUCGGGUGCCGGCGACGAUCAGAUGCGCCUGCUGCAGGGCAAGCUGAACAUCGUAUGGAACCACGACGGUAAUGCGCCCAACUAUCGGCUGCAGAUCACGGUGGUCGGUCAGGGGACCGUGUGCUUGGAGAAGGAAAAACAUUCCUGCCUAGAUUACGUCGGCAUGCCGCUGCUCUGCGUUGCCCGCGAACUGAUAUGCGAUGGAGUGCCAAACUGUCCGCCCCUCGGAAGCGACGUGAGCGAUGAGAACGAAAUGAUGUGCGCCAAACACCGACUCGAAGAAUACUCGGCAAACCCUGUCCAAUCGGUGUUCCGGAAGUACAUACAAAAUACACUAAAGUCGUUCUUCGGUGGUGAACCCGAUGAGUUGCCAUCAGGUGAAGUGGCGGAUUCGUUGAGCGACCAAUUCGCGGUACGUUUUCCACCGCAACCAACAUCAUCGUCAUCGCCAUCGCAGCCAGCAGCUGCCACAAGCACCACCGAGACCACAGUGCCUGCGAAAAAGCACCGCAACUCGCUGACCGGGCUCUCCAAGUACGGUCCGUGGGGCUAUCUGUUCCUGGGCAUGCUGAUAUGCGGCGGUGCGUUGCUAAUUUGCGGUUUAUGGGAAUGUUGCUGUCGAUCGCACAAACCCGAACACAGUCCGGAUGAUUCGUUGCCCGACGCCGUCCCUUCGUUUCUGCAAACAUCACCUUCGCCCACCGACGCCAACGGACGCAUUAUGACACAAACCGGUCCCAUUCCAAGCCUCAAUCUACCUCACUACGGUGAACUCGAUCCACCGCCCGCUUACUCGGUGCUGUUUCCAAACCAAAAACCCUCCGACGACGGCACCGAAAGUGAGCGACCGACAGUGGUGACCUCCUCCGAGGAACCGACGAUGCUGACGGUGGCUGACGGCCAUUCCGGCACCGUCGGUAGCAAUAUUAGCAGUAACAGCAAUGUAACUUCCGAUUCCCGAGACGAUGGGGCACUGGAGACAGCUUCACCACAGCAGCAAACCGAACCAUCGGUACCACAUUCGUCCUCAUCCCAGGCCUAGCAUACGCAGCGUGCGGAACCGUGAGGUGGCAUAAAUCGUUGGCUUUGGGUGAUUGAUCAUGAUGAUGGUGAUGAUUGUAAAGAGCAGAAACGCGUCUGGUGCAGUCGGAUAGAGUUAGUUUAAUAUUUCUCCGGUUUCCUUUCCUGUUGGAAUGUUUAUAAUGUUCCUCCGUUUCGCUACUUUUACCCGUCUCGCACGAGACCAAACUUUGUUGAUGAAAGGCUGAGUGUUUCGGAGUCAAACGAUUUUACUCAUAAAGAGAAAACGAAACGAUGAGCAGAUUUCGUUCAAAGCGUCGUUUCCGUAUGCUGCUACGUGCGCUGGUGGUGUGCAAUCGGAGAAAAGUGUAGUUUCGGACCGCGGUGUGCUUCUUACCCCUAGCGAAAUUGCUGCGACACACUGAUAGGCGACCGACUGCCGGGAAAAGCAUGACCGGGCAAGAGGCAAGACAACGAACGCAACGCAGCGGCCGACACUCGCGGGCAUUUAACCAUGACACGGCAUUAACCAAUAUGUUAGAGAAAAAAAAUAGAGCGACAGUGACAGUGGAGCACGAACAGCGGUAGCAGAGUAGUGAACGGCAGCGUUUUUGAUGCAUUUGCAAUCGCUACGCGAACUCUCGGUGUAGAAGCGAUCAAACUGAAGGAGACUGCCGACUGCCUUCCACCCGGGCUCGGUCCAAUAUCCCCGAACAAGCCUCUAGACGUACCGCCACAAUACUAGCCAUCUAGCCAACAACCACAGCAACUUACAGCAGUACACGAGCAGAGAGCACCGAAUACAUACCGAAGAAAAUCCUCAAUUAACGUUUAAGGGACGCAUUUAGGGUCAUUUCACGAUGGUAGGAGUACUAGUACUAAACCUAAGA